CGGAUUCACGGCCGAUCUUGCUACUUUGUACUGCAAUUCAUCAAUCCAAAAAGUGAUUUUAGAAUAUUUGUGGAAGGUUAAGGAUUUCCACAAUGUAUCGUCUAAGCAAGGGUCUGAGAGCAUCCCUGCGUCCGGCCAAGGUGUACCAGCUGCAACAGCAUGUUGCUGAUAUGGCCGAGAAGGCACGGCUCAAAGAGCUUGUCAUGGGGUGGAAGGCUGAGAAGCUUACAGAGGACAUAGCAAAAGCAGAGCAAACUCUGAAGGUAGUCGCUGAGGAGAAUCAGAGAGAGAGAGAGAGGAAGGAAGCAGGUAACGGGGCCCCCAGAAGUGAUGAGGAGGAGAAGACUUGUGUAACCCUCUCUCUAAUGACAAAUGAAAAGAGCCUGCUGACUGAGAAGAUACAGAUGUGUAGACAGAAUUUUGUGUCUCUGGAGGAAGAAUACCAGAGGAUAGUCUCUCUCCUGGAGACCGUGCUUGACUAUGAUCAAAUAGUCGCAGAGCAUAUUAAGGUAGCGUCUGAGAACUGGGCCAGACUGGGCCAGGAGAGAGUGGACGGCGCCUUAUCAGCAGCGCUGACCGCUGCUACCAUUAAACAAAAGUGGCUAAAGGAUCUGAAAGGCCAAGCUGAGAAACGGAUGGCAGUGUCUGAUGGGCCUGCUCAAGAGGUCAGCGACACCAAGAAUCAUGAUGGCCUUCAGUGCCUGAGCUUCAGCAGCCAGAGAACUGAACAGAUAAUUGUUCGGAACCAGACCCUCCAGGGACAGAUCACGGCAAAGUCGGAGAAGAAAAUGGCGCGUCUCAUGGCUGUGGCAGCUAAAAAGGAGGAGAAGAUCAGGGCUGCUGAGCUGAAGAAGAGGAGGCAGCUGGAGGAAAAGACCAGGAAGGAGCUGGAGAAAGUAAACAAGGCUGAGCUGAAGAAAAAGAAAAGGAGGGAAGCCAAGGAGAAAAAAGAGGCAGAACAACUUGAGAGGAAGAGAGCAAAAGAGGAGAGGAAGAGAGCAAAAGAAGAGAUGGCCGAGACCAGACAGCCCAGAUGUUGUUUCUGCUGUUUCUGCUGAAAAUCUUCCAGACCAGGAAGGACAAUGCUCAAGAACUCAAUUCUUAAGUUCUUCUUAAUUCUUAGUG